AUGGCCCAUGCACCUUCGCCUAUGAAGCUUCGCCUGCGAUCUCGCAAGAGCGAUGCCAAUAUCUCCAGCGAAAAUUCCAUCAUUCAGCGCAAGCGCAUUGUGAAGCGCGCGCCGCCUCGAGGGCUCAACAAGAGGCGUCGGGCCCUUGAUGACGACAUAGGCCGGGAUGACGAUGACUGCAACAGCGACCUGGAGUUCAACGUGGAAGACGAGAGGGAUGUGCACGCUAUCGAUGAUGUUGAGGAGCUACCUCAACGACCGCAAACACCGAAGCGAGCGCGCAUCGCGCCUGAAGCCAUACCUCUUGGGCUUGAGCGCUCCGACUUCCAUACGCUACACGCGGACGGCAUUCCAGACGACAGCAAGGCAGAGGGCACAGAUGUCCAAGCUGAGGCCGAUGGCGAGCUCUGGAGCACCGAGGAGGACCGGAUGCUUGUAGAGCUUGUGCUUGAGAAGCUGAAGCUGUCAAAGUCCGAAUGGCAAGACUGUGCGCGAAGUCUAGGCAAGGACCGCAAUAGUCUCAGCCGACGUUGGAAGAGUCUUGUGCUUCAAGGCGACGUGGGACUCAAGAGGAGUAGUCGGCGAGGCAAGAUCCAUUCUACUUGGAGGUGA